AUGGAAGAAAUAGAAUUGCAGGAUAUCUCGGCUUCUCCCAACACAAAACAUGACCAACCCAUCUCCGAGCAAGUAGUGUCUGGUGAUGUCCACCAAGAAAAAGGACCAAGGAAUGCCCCUUUGGUGAUCCUCUGCAUCUCCUGCAUCACAUUCAUUAGCUCGUACUUGGGUGGGCUCGUCACGGUGUCUGUUCCCCAGAUUGCGACCGAUUUACAUCUCAGUCCUGGGAUGGAACUAUGGCCCGUUUCGAUGUACGCCCUAGGGACAGGAUGCACCCUCCUUAUUUCCGGUGCCAUGUCGGACGCAGUAGGCAACAAAAUCCUCUUUUUGACGGGCUGCUUCUUGCAAAGCAUUCUCUCCAUGGCCUGUGGUCUGGCUCAAACCGGUACUGAGCUCAUCAUCUUCCGAAUCAUAUCUGGCGUGUCGGCGUCGCUUUGUCUGCCAUCCGCAAUGAGUAUCAUCUCGGAGCACUUUCCGGCAGGAAAGCUCCGUAAUUUUGCCUUUGCGUUGAUGGGAUGUGGUCAGCCCAUUGGCUUUGGGAUUGGGAUCCUUCUCGGGGGGAUUUUUGCAGAUACAGUUGGAUGGCGCUGGGGGUUUUACAGCGCUGCUAUUGCCAACACGCCAGCGUUUCUUCUGUCGUUGUGGCAGUUGCCCAAGAAGAAGGAGGGUAGAGUGUCGUGGAACCAUCUCGUGUUUGGAAUUGACUGGAUUGGAGCUGUCGUUGCGAGUGCAGCGUUGGCUAUUCUAUCCUAUGCUUUGGCGAUUAUCACUGGAGAUGUGUCUAAGGUUCAUGACGCAACCACUAUUACACUGUUCUGCGUCUCUGGUGCAUUGGUGAUCGGAUUUGUGCUCUGGCAAGGUCGACAGGAGCGGCGGUCUAAACCCACCCUGAUCAAGAACUCACUGUGGAAAAAGGCCGCCUUUUCAAGCAUCUGCGUGAACGUGUUUACGAUCUGGGGAGCUUUUAAUGCUUUUGAGCAGGUCGCCAACUUUUUCUUCCAGGAUGUACAGAAACUCUCUGUAUUAAGCACAUCGGUACGAUUCAUACCUGUUUCAGUCAUGGGUCUAUGCGCCAGUCUUAUGACCGGUCUGAUAUUACAUCGAAUCCGCGCCGACGCCAUCAUCACCAUCGCUACUGUGGUUUCCUCAAUUUCUCCCCUUCUCAUGGCACUCGUCAGUCCCCAAUGGACAUACUGGCACGGGGCAUUCUUUGCCAUGUGUUUGAACCCGAUUGCUGCUGAUGUGUUGUUUACGGUCUCGACGAUUCUCAUUGCGGGCAUGUUUCCUACUGAGACUCAGGGCUUAGCAGCGGGGGUGUUUAAUACGGUGUCGCAGGUUGGUCGCAGCAUUGGACUGGCAUUGGUGGCGUUGAUUUCGAAUAGUGUGACGGAGAAGAGCUUUCCCUCUAAGGACCAGAGUCCGGAGGCGUUGUUAGUGGGAUAUCGAGCGGCGUUUUGGUUUCUGUUUGCGAUGAAUGUGGGGAGUUUGGGGGUGAGUUUUGUGGGAUUGCGAAGGGUGGGAAAUGUAGGGAAGAAGAAGGCUGUAUGA